GUGUGUCCACCUGGUCCCAGCAUUCCAGAUCUCGACAUCGGAGGGCUUCGUGUUCCAGACAUGAAGAUCGAAAACCUUCUGAGGUGUUCAGAACGGACCUGAUCACUGCCAUGAAGUUACAUGACUCCUUCCAGCUGAACCCUGAUGAAUACUAUGUGCUGGCAGACCCCUGGAGGCAGGAGUGGGAAAAGGGAGUUCAGGUGCCAGUUAGCCCAGGGACCAUCCCAGAACCAGUAGCCAGGGUUGUAUCCGAGACGAAAGCUGUCACCUUCACGCGUCCCAGGAAGUACAUCGUUUCCUCGGAUUCGGAGCCUCCGGAGCUGGGCUAUGUUGACAUUCGAACCUUAGCGGACAGCAUGUGUCGCUAUGACCUCAACGACGUGGACGUAGCGUGGCUGCAACUUGCCAAUGAAGAAUUCAAAGAAAUGGGGAUGCCCGAGCUGGACGAGUACACGAUGGAAAGGGUCAUAGAGGAGUUUGAGCAGCGAUGCUACGACAACAUGAAUCACGCUAUCGAGACGGAAGAAGGCCUUGGGAUUGAAUACGAUGAGGAUGUUGUCUGUGACGUCUGUCAGUCUCCAGACGGAGAAGACGGCAACGAGAUGGUGUUUUGUGACAAAUGCAACAUUUGCGUGCACCAGGCGUGUUACGGGAUCCUGAAGGUGCCGGAAGGCAGCUGGCUGUGCCGGACCUGCGCGCUGGGCGUUCAGCCCAAGUGUUUGCUGUGUCCCAAGAAGGGUGGUGCCAUGAAGCCAACCCGAAGUGGCACCAAGUGGGUCCACGUUAGCUGCGCUCUGUGGAUUCCAGAGGUGAGCAUCGGAAGCCCGGAAAAAAUGGAGCCCAUUACAAAGGUUUCUCACAUUCCCAGCAGCAGAUGGGCACUGGUGUGCAGCCUUUGCAACGAAAAAGUUGGAGCUUCUAUCCAGUGUUCAGUGAAGAACUGCAGAACAGCCUUUCACGUCACCUGCGCGUUUGACCGUGGCUUGGAGAUGAAGACCAUCCUGGCGGAGAACGAUGAGGUGAAAUUUAAGUCCUACUGUCCCAAGCACAGCUCCACCAAGAAAGCGGAUGAGGAGACUUUCAGUGAAAGGCCAGGCCAGGAGAACGGCAACGGGAUUCAGGACGGCUCUCUUCCUGCCCACAUCGACCCUUUCCACAGCAUGGAUCAAAACCAGGAGGAGGCCCACAGGGUCAGCCUCCGCAAGCAGAAGCUCCAGCAGCUGGAGGACGAGUUCUAUACCUUUGUGGAGUCUUCGGAAGUGGCUAAAGUGCUGCGGCUGCCCGAGGAGCCGGUGGGAUUCCUUUACCAGUACUGGAAGCUGAAGAGAAAAGCCAACUUCAAUAAGCCUUUGAUUACCCCAAAGAAGGACGAAGAGGACAAUCUGGCUAAACGGGAGCAGGAUGUUCUGUUCAGAAGGUUGCAGCUCUUCACGCAUCUCCGGCAGGAUCUCGAACGGGUAAGCCACGGCACCUACAUCUUAACUCGAAGGUCAGCAGAGACCGUGAUCACCGAGUUCCUGCCGAGUGCAUUGGUGGCCCUUCUCCAGCAGAGAGUUGGCUCCCAGGGCCUGCAGGAGAGUGCGUACACAGCUGUGAGCAAGUGCGCCUCUGGCUGGGUGUGCGCCUACGGGUCAGUGCGCAUACGGGUGGACGCGCACGCGCCUCUGGGUGGGUGCGCAUACGGGUGGGUGUGCGUAUGCGUGGAGGUGUACGCGCCUCUAGGUAGGUGUGCGUACGGGUGGGUGCGUGUACGGUUGGGUGUGCACGCGCCCUGCACGUGGGUGCGCGUGCGCGUGCGGGUGGACGCGCGUACGGGUAGUUGCGCACGCGCCCACGGGUGGGUGCGCGUACGGGUGGAGGCGUACGCGCCUCUAG